AUGAUGGAGUUGGGUUUCAUUAUCGAGCAGUGGUUGAAAAGAGGCGUCUGCGUGAAGAUCAACCAUUUCCCGGAGGACACGGACUACGAUCAUGACAGCGCGGAGUAUCUGCUCCGAGUCGUCCGGGCCUCCAGCAUCUUCCCCAUCCUCAGCGCCAUCCUACUGCUGCUCGGGGGCGUGUGCGUGGCGGCCUCCCGGGUCUAUAAGUCCAAGAGGAACAUCAUUCUGGGCGCAGGGAUCCUGUUCGUGGCAGCAGGCCUGAGCAACAUCAUCGGCGUGAUCGUGUACAUCUCGGCCAACGCGGGCGAGCCGGGCCCGAAGCGGGACGAGGAGAAGAAGAACCACUACUCGUAUGGCUGGUCCUUCUACUUCGGCGGGCUGUCGUUCAUCCUGGCCGAGGUGAUCGGCGUGCUGGCCGUCAACAUCUACAUCGAGCGCAGCCGCGAGGCGCACUGCCAGUCUCGCUCGGACCUGCUCAAGGCCGGCGGGGGCGCGGGCGGCAGUGGCGGGAGCGGCCCCUCGGCCAUCCUCCGUCUGCCCAGUUACCGCUUCCGCUACCGCCGCCGCUCCCGCUCUAGCUCCCGCUCCAGCGAGCCGUCGCCGUCGCGGGACGCGUCUCCCGGCGGCGCCGGGGGCCCGGGCUUCGCCUCCACGGACAUCUCCAUGUACACGCUCAGCCGCGACCCG